AUGGGCAAUCAAGCCUCUGUUCCAACACCAGGAACAGAAUUGCAGGUUAUUGGCGCAGGUCUCCCCCGCACAGGAACCGCCUCCUUCAGCGAAGCACUGCGUAUUCUCCUCCAAGCCCCAGUCUACCAUGGCGGUACACAAUGCACCAUGGGAUCACCCGAUGAGAUGUGUUCUUGGAUCCAAAUCCUGAAACUCUUUCCCUUCAAUGUCGACGCCGAUAGAAAAGCAGGCCUAUCUCUGAUCCGCCAACGUCUAGAUGGCUACGCCGCGGUGACGGACGCCCCUGCAACCGGGCUGAUCCCCGAGCUCUUAGAGCUGUAUCCUGAUGCCAAAGUAAUUUGCACGGUACGCGAUCCAAGUGCAUGGGAAAAGAGUAUGGUUGGAGUAGCUUCAGCCUCCACGAAAUGGUUCUUGAGGGGCGUUCUCCUACCACUCCCUACGAUGCGGCAUUUUGUCGACUAUAUCAACGCGCUCCGAGAUCAAUGGCUGUAUCUGUACGGCGAGAUCGAGCCUCCGACGAGGGUUUCUUACAAUCGUCACAUCGAAUGGUUGAAAGAGAAUGUGCCAGCGGACAGGCUAAUAUUCUUGGAAGUAAAGGACGGAUGGGAGCCACUCUGCAAGGCACUGGGCAAGAAUAUUCCCGAUAUGCCAUUUCCUAGGAUCAAUGACAGCGAGGCUAUCGACAAUUUCGCUGCGAAGACCGUUACAAAAGGGCUAAUUCGCUGGUCUGUCCUCCUGGUGGUAGUUGGAGCAGGAGCAGCGAUGUAUCGGAGCUAUUGA